GCCUCUGCCUCUGCCUCUGCCUUGGUCCCCGGCCCGGCGAGCCAAGCCCCCGCCGGCCUCCGCGUCAACGUGGUGCUGGGCGGCUUGCUGGAAAAAUGGUUCCCGGCCGAGAACAGAGCGCGCCGGCUGUGCGCCGAGGGGGAUGCCUUGCGGGAGAAGCAGGAUCUGGCGGCCGCUGUGGAGAAGUACAGCCAGGCCCUUGAACUCGCUUCUUGUAAAUGUUUGUUAAUAGCACAACGGGCAGAACUCUGUACAGCUAUGAAGAAUUAUCAACAAGCCCUUUAUGAUGCAGAAGUUCUCUGUCAGAAUAAACCCCAUUGGCCUAAGGGUCAUUAUGUCAAAGCACAAGCUCUUUCUGGAUUAGGAAGGAUUGAAGAAGCAUUGAAGGAAUUUCUUUACUGUGUUGCCUUAAACCCUGAGUGGAACUCAAUGAAGAUGGAAGCCCAAAAGAUAAUGUGUGAGAUGUUUUUUCCAGCAUUUGAAAAUGUUCAUGAUAGUUUAACAACACCUUUUUGUAACCGGACUUCUUAUACGAGAUUAAAACCUGCAUUUCUGAGUAGCAUAAAUACACAGUCUUCUAGUGAAGAUGGGCCAACAGCUGAGAGCUCAAAGGAGACCAUCUUGAGGUUAACAAAAAACCCUUCCCAAGAGAAUGAUGUGUAUCGAUGUAUUGAUUCUUCAAUUUCCCAUCAUGAUUUCUACUUUGAAGAGAACAAGAAAACAUUAGGAAAAGUCCUCUCCAGCCUACCUAGUGCAAGCUUGAAAAGAAAAUUUUCUAGUGAUGUGGGAGACUUCCAGAAUCUGGAUGUCCCUAGCAAAAUUCCUAGAAAAGAUGGAGAUGCCCCUUCUGGAAACUCAGCUUCUUUUCCCAUAAAAGAGAUUCCUACAAAUCUCAUGGAUGCAUCUGACUUUGAGUGUUCCCUUUGCAUGAGGUUAUUCUAUGAACCUGUCACUACUCCUUGUGGACAUACGUUCUGCCUCAAAUGCCUUGAGCGUUGUCUGGAUCAUAAUCCCCACUGUCCGCUUUGUAAAGAAAAACUCUCAGAUUUUCUGGCAAGUCGGACUUACAAAAAGACCAUCCUUACUGAAGAAUUAAUAGUUCGAUACUUUCCAGAAGAAUUAUCUGAAAGGAAAAAAGUUUAUGAAGAAGAAAUGAAGGAGUUAUCAAACCUGAAUAAAGAUGUUCCCAUUUUUGUGUGUACCAUGGCUUUCCCUACCAUCCCUUGUCCUCUUCAUGUCUUUGAGCCCCGUUAUCGAUUAAUGAUAAGAAGAUGCAUGGAAACGGGCACUAAACAAUUUGGCAUGUGUUUAACUGAUGAACUGAAAGGGUUUGCAGAUUACGGCUGCAUGUUGGAGAUCAGGAAUGUGAAAUUUUUCCCUGAUGGGCGCUCGGUUGUUGAUACAGUUGGUGUUCGGCGUUUUAGGGUUUUAAGUCAUGGUCAGCGAGAUGGAUAUAAUACCGCAAACAUUGAAUAUUUGGAAGAUGAAAAGGUUGACGGGGCAGAGUAUGACGAGCUUGUCCGCAUUCACGAUUCCGUUUAUGAUCAAGCUGUUUCCUGGUUUACUUCUCUUAAAGACAAUAUGAAAGUACAAAUUUUAAACCAUUUUGGACCAAUGCCAGGGAAAGAACGUGAGCCGCAGAGUAAUCCCAGUGGUCCAGCUUGGUACUGGUGGCUGUUGGCAGUAUUGCCACUAGAGAACAGGGCCCAGUUGGCCAUUCUUGCCAUGACUUCACUUAAAGAUCGUCUCGUUGCCAUUCGCCGUGUAUUAAUAUUUGUGACACGCAAAAGACCCAGAUGACACAGUCUUAUUUGUGAAGAAACACUGAAAACAACUGGUUUCUAAUGCUAAUAAGAAAACAGUUGGUAACUGAACAGUUCUUCCCUCUGCUCAUCUAAGCAUUCAUUCUUCUUUGCACACUCUGGACCCAAUAGUUAAUCAAGUAUUCUGUGCCUCUUGUCCUGGAAUAAUCUGAGCCUCUUGGAAGUUGUGCCACAACUGCAACAUAGUGUACAGUAGUUGCAGGCAUCAACUGAGUACAUAAUCGCCAUCUACUUAUCAAGAUGAGACAACUGAGUCAGAAGCACUAAAAUGUCUACAAAUCCCCAGCUGACAUUUUUAUUUCUUUGUAGCAAGGAAACAGAACUUGGAGUAGUGGAUUAGAAACUGAGAAUAUGUAUUGUUAGAAUAUUCCUUAUGGUAGCCAAUUGAAGAGAAAUUGUCAAAUGUUCCUCUGAAAGAAUGCACCGAGAGCAACAUUUUAUCUGGAACGUGUGGACAAAAGUAUCGGAAGCAAAUGGGGUUGCCAGGAUAAAAUGCUCCACUUCCAAAGAAACUGUCCUAAAGAGCAUCCAAUGAACAGCUUUGCGGCUGAUUAUAAACCAAUUCCUUGUGUUUGUAAUUUGCAUGCUGUAUGUAUUGAGAAGAAUGUUUCAAAAUAUAUCCAAGAAGGUUGAGUCAUUCUUCCCUCCCAAGCCCCCUUCCCUUCAGAAUGACAUCAGGAACCUACAAUAAGGAAAGAGCUACUUGUGGACAGCCUUGUAGUUGGGACAUGGAACUAACAGCCUCCCAUAGUGGACAUAAGUGUGUCUUAGGGAGAGCUUCUCUCUGCCAUUACAAUACUUGAGAUUGUGAAGCUCCGUGGCUGGAUCAUGGCCAGCAUGUUUAGUGUAUAUCUACACGGUUAAUUUCAAGCUCUUCAGUGAUUAUCUUACUAAAGGCUGUUGAAAAAAUGAAUCACUGUUUCAAUUUUAUCCUUCUAGUUUUGUCUGGAAGUGACACUUAGGUAAAAUCCAUCUUUACUCACAACUGCCAUACCAGCCUAAUAGGUUCUUCUGAGAAAACAUAGUUCCAUAUACUUUUGAAAACCAAAACCUUAAUAUUACUUGUUAUGUACCGAAUACUGUUCGUGCUUGAAGUUCUUGCUGACAUGAGAGGAGACACAAAUGGAACCCUGUACUGCAAAUUUCAAUGCAAGUUUAAAUGAGAUGUAAAUAUAUCUGUAUUUUGAUGUCUUCAUAUGUGUUGUUAACCUUUUAAAAAUGGUUGAAUUAUUGGAAAUAGUUUAGUAGUUUAGUUGUAAACAUGAAACAGCAAAACAGUAUUGCUAAUUCAAACUGCUGGGAUCUCUGAAUUUCCAGAAACAAUUGAACAGGAAGUGAAAAUAGUAGAGGUUGAAGUUUCAGAACAUAGAGCAAAGACAAGGCAAGCUAAGAGAUACUGGUUGUAAAAAAACAUUAAUCUGGCAAGAAAAUAAUGACAAUACCAAAAUAUUUCGAAAGUGCCUCCUUUAUGAAUUAGAAACAGCAUGUGCUCUUUGGACAAAGGCAUAAAAAUUUCAAAUGUAUACAGAAAGUAUAAUCAUCUGAAAGACUGAUUUCAGUAAGUGCUAUAAUUGUGCGGUAUUAGAAGAUCGUCUAAAGAAUCUUGACUGGAGUGGACAGCAGUUUCCUAAGACGUGAUCAACACAGCCUGAAUGUACUGUAAUUGCUUCUUCUUUGAAUUCACCUUUUGUAGUUAAGUAUUGACCUGUGACUGCUCUUUUAAUUGUAAACUCUGCAACUUGCAAAUGAAGCUCUAAUAAUUUCUGCCAUAGCCUUCCUGCAAGUUCUAAUACCUUUUACCAGAGUUUGUAGAUUCUCUUUCAAGUAUUUUUAGGAAGCUUGUUCCUGGCUGACCUUGGUUGAUCUUGAAUGCUAAUCAAGGUCAAUCCUCAUUACUACUUGGAUGGGGGACAACUAGGAGCUCUAAGGCUGUAGGUGAGACCAGGAAAUUUAAAAAAAAAAAAAAACUGCCAGAAGGAGGCCAUGGCAAAUCACUUCUGUAUCACGCCAAGAGCACCGCAUGAAUUUCUCCAGGUAGUCCCCAGGAGUCAAGCAUGACUCAAAGGCGACAUUACCUGUUUUAGCAUUAAAGCCAGAGAGAAGGAGGGUCUCACUCUGUUCUCCUUUCUAUCCGUUCCCUGGGUGCUAUCACACUUUCCUUCAGCACAGCUGUCUUCCUGUUCAUUCACUGGACUUUAAAAGCUUCCAAGUUUUAUCAAGAAAGAGGUUUUUCAAAAUGAGCCUCAUCACUUUUUUUCAGGGAACUUGGACCCCCUUCAUUAUUUUUCACAGUAUUUGUAGCUGUGAUUGCUUUGAAUGUCUCUGGCAGGAUUUGGUUUACCUCUUGUUUUUCCCUUUCCCUUUUCUGUUUUCUUCUGUUACUAAUUGAAGUUUCAGAGCAAUUCAGCAUAAGUACAAACUCAUUUGUUCCUAAGUUACUGUUUUGGCGCUUCCCAUUUUUGAGGCAGAAUCCUCUGUACUAUCCCUGGGGUUCCCAUCUGAUGCUGUCUUUUGGAUGAGGAAUUUUACGGCCAUCUUCAACUUGGUAUGAUUACCCUUUAAAAUCAAAAGCCAGGCUGGCGACUCUUUCAACCAUCAGAACUUGGUCACCUCAGCAGAUGCAUUAGCACAUGUAUGUGAUGAAAGCCAGAAUUUUAAGAUCCUUUUAUUUCUCUUAGGCUGAUCAAUCUGGCAACCUUUAGGCAACUGAGGAUUACAAUACCCUCAUUGUCUAAAGUGCUUUGCAGAAAAAUAUUCAGGACAUAAUUUUAUAGGGCUGAAAAGGUAUCCCAGCCACUCCUAUAAAAAGCAAACAUGCAAAAACCUGAACCCCCUAAUAGGUCUGCUUCCAAAUAAUAGGUGAAGCUUAACCUUUUUUAAUUUCACAACUCAUAUAAAUUAUUUGCUACAGUGGCCUUUAUCUACUGUUUUCAAAUAUCCCUUUUUCCUUUCAGUUGCUAAGGGUGCUUUGUGAUUCCGGUAAGCUGAUAAUCAGCAGAUUUCUGCUCUUUUGAUUCAUGCUGCAGUUAAUUUUCAACGAAAAGGAAUAAGAUUUGGUCAGAAAAUUGUAUGCAUUAGUCAUACAACGCCUUGCGUAACCGAAGGCCUGGUGUUUGGUAGCGCCUUAAUUUUGCAGCACUAGAAUGAUUGUAUCAACAAAGCACCAUAAAAACAAAAAUCUGGAGCUUAUGACCAGUUUUAAAAAAAUAUUUAAUGUAGAUAAAACUUGAAGCAAAUAUCCUUACGUUUUGAAACUAGUUGACGUGUGUAUGUGGAUAAGUGUACAUGGUUGUACAUAUGUGUAAAUAUAAAUUAUUCCUCAUUUUUUAUACUUAGUAAAACAAAAGUCAGGUAGGUGUUACAGCUAUGUUUGGCACUUCGUUGCAUAAAACCAAACUUUUUUUAAAAAAAUUGCUGCAAUGUUCUUUUUGUGUAUAUUUGGAAUAUCCAUGGGAAAAUGUAUUUAUGUGACAUUUCAAAUAAAUAAUUUCUGU